AUGGGGAGCGUGUGGUGGAGAAGCUUACCAGUGGUGGUGGGGGUGGUGCUGGGGCUGCUGCUCUGCCCCCCGUCCGGUGCCAGCGGCCCCUGCUGGGAGAGCAGCAGGUGCCAGGACCUCACCAGCGAGGCCGGCGUGGUGGGCUGUGCCAGGCUGCCCAGGGCAGUGGUGGAGUCCCGGCCCCCCGUCCACCCGGGGACCGCGCCCCCCCAGCCCCUCCCCGAGGGCCUCCGCAGGUACGUCAUGAGCCACUUCCGCUGGAACAAGUUCGGCCGGAGGAACAGCAGCGGGGGCCACAAACGGGAGGAGACGGGGGGAGACGACCCCCACCCUGCCCCCCGAGAGGAAGAGGAAGGCGCCGGGCCCGAGCGGGAGGAAGGCAAACGCUCCUACUCCAUGGAGCACUUCCGUUGGGGC